AUGUCUCAGAAGUACGAAUGGUUCGUCCGCCUGCCCGACAGACCAGAUGUGCUCGAGACACGCCUAGAAAACCGACCACUGCACGUCUCUCACAACAAACCAUUGACAGAAAAUGGCACCAUUACCUUUGGCGGCCCCCUUCUCUCGUCACAGCCGACAAGUAUGGAAGACGGGCUCCAGAAGAUCACUGGGAGCAUCCACUUGAUCAAAGCGAGGACGGAGGAGGAAGUGUGGGAACUGGUCAGGGACGAUCCUUAUGCAAAACUUGAAGUUUGGGAUCUGGAGAAGGCGGAGGUAAUGGCGAUGAAGUGUUUUAUUAUGGCAGAUAUGUAA